GGGGAGCUGCGAAACGAUCGCAGCGCGCGGGGUGGCGAGUAGUGAGUUGAGCCAGCGUGUGUUGUGAUAGCAUUUUGUAUGAGAAACAAUAGACGGUAUGUGGAAUUACACUUGUUGUGUUGUUAACUGCAAAAAUAACGGUAAAACUAGUGAUUGUAUAUUUUAUAAGUUUCCAACUGCAUCACAUAAAAUAGUUCAAAGGCAAAAAUGGAUUGCUGCUGUGAAAAGAAAAAAUGGAGUCCAAAAACUCAUCAUUUAAUAUGUAAUGCUCAUUUCAUUGGCAAGAAAAAAUCAGAUGAUCCUGCGAGUCCAAGCUACGCGCCAACUCUAUUCCCUCUAGUUUAUCAUGCAAAGCAAGUAAAUGAAAGAGCUGUUUUGAGCAGGUACAAUCGACUCAUGAACCGAAGAAAGACUCUUCACAAGCGUAACAUCGGAGUGAAUUGUGAUACUGGAAAUCAAGUUAAUAACGACCCCAACAAUGUUGUCAAUAAUAGUGGACGUGAACCUAUGGAUAUAAGCAGUGCCGAAGUAAUUUUAAAAAGUGAUCAAGAGUGUCAAGUAGAUUUUGUAAGUUCUGCUGGUAUCGAACAAACAAAAGCUUUCACUUGUAACAGAUAUAUUUACAUGACUAACUACUGCGAUGCUGAAGUUCAAACUGAAAUACCGGAAAUUGCCACUCUCAAAACUAUUGUGAAUAGGAAAAAAAUGAAAGAUGAAGAGGUACAAUGCGGCACAUCGUUAACAGAUAGAGUAGAUAAGUCGGUUGGUUUUAACGAGGCUGUAGUUGAACAAAAUAGGAAACAGCGUAGUUUCUGUGGUUUUCCAUCUAUUAAGACCGAUGAAGAUUUAUUAGAUAUUGCUGGAGUGAACUUCCAGAACUUUAAUUUUUUAUUAUCUAAAACUGAAAACCCAUCGGAAAGAUCUACAAUAACAAGAGAACAGAGGCUUUUAAUUUUUUUAGUGAAAAUAAAAACUGGACUGACAUUUUCAGCCAUAGCAAUUUUCUUUGGUUUACAUCGGUCAACUGUCUCCAAGAUAUUCUUUUCAACUUUACAAUAUUUGAAUUCGUCAACUGCAAAUUUAGUGUUUUGGCCAAGUAGAGCUGCCGUACAGAAAACUAUGCCGGAAUGUUUUAAACCUCAGUACUCUAAUACUCGGGUUAUCAUAGACUGCACUGAAUUCAAGAUAGAUGUUCCGUCAAGUGUUGACGACCGUAUUUACUGUUACUUUCAUUAUAAGAAAGGUUUUACAGCAAAAGUACUGAUUGGAAUCACACCAUCUGGGUUUAUCUGUUUCAAAUCGAAAGUUGCUGGCGGUAGAAAAGGUGAUUCCCAAUUAACUCUUGAAUCGAAUUUGGUAGAUUCAUUGGAAGAUGGUGAUGUGGUUUUAGCAGAUAUAGGUUUUCCUGAAAUCAGAUCUAUCAUUGAUGCAAGUGGUAAACGAGUAUUACUUAUUAUGCCACCAUUUUUGGAAAAAAAAUCAGAAUCUUCGAAAGAAGAAACAGAUCUGACUUACAACAUCGCAAGAGUUCGAAUUCAUGUAGAAAGAAUUAUGCAACGACUUAAAACAUAUCAAAUUUUGUAUAAAAUUCCAGAACAUUUGUUCUUUUGCAUCGGUAAUAUUAUUCAUGUUAUCUGCGGCUUAGUAAAUUUACAGCCACCAAUUUUUUCUAAUAAAACAAAAACUAUCAAGUAGAAUAAUAAAAACCUUUAUUCGUAAAAGGUAGUGGUUUUCAUUGUGUAUUUAUUAAUAUUAUAUUGCUACAUACUACUGGAGUUUCAACUCGUUAUUAUUUUCAACUUUUCACUUCACUGUUACAAUGGAAAUAUCACUUAUUUGAUAAUAUUUUGCUGAUUUGGAUAUUUAUCAGUAUGCCUCUAAUGUAAAUUAACACGCCGGCUAUUUAGCUUUUGAAACCGCUAGGUGGCGGCACGAGCGAGGCUCACAGCGAAUACUU